ACAAGUGUAUAGAAAUUGUGCAUGGUUGUAUUGCCUCAAAAGGAGACUAUAUUGUAUUAAAAUAUGUAGAUGAGAAUGAAUUUUUUUUGUCAGUCUAGGUCAAUUUUGAUCAGUUACUACACAUUGGGGCAUACAUAUUACAAAGCAAAUUUGCCUGAGAAGCACGUACAAACAUUCCUACCUGAGAACGAAUUGAUCACAUAUUGCGCGAUGUAAGGAAGUGUUAUGCGACGAAAAGCAUAGCAGUUAAGCUUGCAAAGCUUCUGAAAGUUUGAAAAAUGCAUUGUACUUAUUUCGCAAUUGUAUUUGACAUGUUGCAACAAUCACUCUUGAUUACCCGAAAGAGAAUCAAUUAUUAUUGUGCUCCGUGGCUUUGUGCGCAAGAAUAAUACUACAAAUCGGAUCGAUGCGAAAAUAAAAAAUUAAUGGUAGAACGUUAGUUUGUGUACAUAUAGAAUAGAUGUGAAAGCGGAAAAGCGAAAGCAUUUAUGGAAUAAUUAAUUUAAAAAACAGGAUUCUACUGGUAUAUGCAAAUUUUAUAUUAAAAUUGCUCAAAGACGCACUUACAAUGAAAUUGGACGAUUUUGGCGCUGGCUGCGUUGGUGGGGCAUGUGGAGUUCUCAUCGGUCAUCCUUUGGACACAAUUAAAACAUGGCAGCAGGCUUCGAAUUCAUCAGUACCAAAGGCUAUACGUCAAAUCUAUAAUCGUAACAAUGGGUUAAAUGGCUUUUACAGAGGGAUGCUAUUUCCGUUCGUUACAACCGGCGCCAUUAAUUCAAUACUCUUCGGUAUCUAUGGCAAUCAUUUGAGACAACUACGACGUGUCUGUCACAGUGAUUAUCAGCGCGAACAGUUGGAGUAUCAAAAUAUGUUCAUUGCUGGAUCAAUUGCAGGCUUUGUGCAAUCUUUUAUAGCAUGUCCUAUUGAGCUGGUCAAAGUGAGGCUACAGACGCAUUGUUAUUAUAAUGAAUAUAUUUUCGGACAAAGACGAACAGCAUGGGGUGUUUUUAAAAAAGUCAUACAAGUUGACGGAGUUUCUGGAUUAUACAGAGGCUUGUUACCUAUGAUGUGUCGCGAUGUGUUUCCUUACGGUAUUUAUAUGAUGGUGUACCGUCAAACUGUUGACUUCCUAGAAACCACACCGUUAGUGCGUAAACGACGCAUUAAAAAUGAAGGUUCUAAUGUUGACUUUCUGGUGACAACAUUGGCGGGCGCUUGGGCUGGCAUUCUUUCAUGGGUGUGUGUGAUUCCUUUCGAUGUGGUGAAGACUAUAAUGCAAGCAGAGAGUAAUAAACAAUACCGUAACAUCAGGCAUUGUUUGGUGAAAAAUUUUAAACUAUAUGGAUGGCGCCGUUUAUUCCGUGGAAGUUGGAUGUUAGUGGUUCGUGCAAUGCCUGUAAAUGCAGCAACAUUUUUAGGAUACGAAUAUGCCCUUGAAUGGUUUCACAAAUUAAAUGACUCAUAUAUAUGAGAUUGAAAUUCAAUUCUACUAAUACACUAUACAAAUGUAGAGACGAAUAUUAUGGAAUUAAUUUUAUUUUAUUUGAUACGGUUACUUUUAAUUUUAUUUGUUGCUAUUUAUUUGAUAAAUUUUUUGCUAUUUAUUUAUUUCUUUAAUGAUACUUAUAAUUUCGACCUAUUAUAGAAUUCACAUAUAGAAUUACAUAGAGAUAUUAAUUGGAGAAAAAUGUAUAUACAUAUGUAUGUAAAUUAAAAACACUAAUUUGUUUGCUUUAAUUGGGAAAUUAUAUAUUAACAAAUAAAAUAUGUAAGUGGUAAGCAUUAUCUGCUUUCAAUAUUUAAA